AUGUUGACGUUCGAAACCACAUCCAUCCAAGGAGCUGCUGCUAUUUUGGAGAAGUUGACUUCUCUGCCAUUCAAGAAAGUCGCCCAUCAAGUAGCUACCCUUGACGCCCAGCCAUCAAACGAGAACGGUGGAAUUAUGGUCAUGGUCACCGGCGCUCUCCUGGUAUGGAAUAUCCUUAUCCUGCUUAUCACGCAUUAUUCCCAAGUUGACGACUCGCCAGCGCCCAUGAACUACAGCCAGACCUUCCAGCUCCUCCCCGAUGGUGCCGGAAGCUACUUCGUCUUUAACGAUGUUUUCCGCCUUGUCUAUGGCUCUUGA